GGCGGAGAGCAGAGGGCGCAGGCGCGGAGGGGAGCGGGCGGGCUGCCGGGAAGAUGGCGGGAGCCGGGUUGCUGGCGUCAGCCGCAGCCUUGGUGCGGCCGAAGAGUUGGGACUGGGCUACCAUCACCUUCGGCCUCGCCGCACUGCGCUCUCGAAGGAUCGAGAGAACGCCCCGGAGGCUCCCAGUUUGCAGAUGGAGGACAAAUCUUUCUUACCUUAAUCGACCAGACCUUCCAAAUCUGGCAUAUAAGAAGCUAAAAGGCAAAACCCCAGGCGUUAUUUUCAUCCCAGGCUAUCUUUCUAAUAUGAAUGGGACAAAAGCAAUGGCAAUCGAAGAAUUUUGCAAAUCUCUAGGUCAUGCCUAUAUAAGAUUUGAUUAUGCAGGAUGUGGAAAUUCAGGUGGCAAUUUUGAAGAAUGUACAUUGGGGAAAUGGAGAAAAGAUGUUCUCUCUAUAAUUGAUGAUGUAGCAGAAGGACCUCAGAUAUUGGUUGGAUCUAGCUUGGGUGGCUGGCUAAUGCUUCAUGCUGCAAUUGCACGCCCAGUGAAGGUAGCGGCUCUCAUUGGCAUAGCUACAGCAGCAGAUAGUGUGGUAGCAAAAUUUAAUCAACUUUCUGUUGAGGCAAAAAAAGAGAUAGAAGUGAAAGGUGUAUGGAAGGUGCCAACAAAAUACAGUGAUGAUGGAUUUUAUGUCUUUCACUACAGUUUCAUUAAAGAAGCAAAACUCCACUGCUUAUUACAUGGCCCUAUCCCUGUGAUGUGCCCUGUAAGAUUGCUACAUGGCAUGAAGGAUGAUGUCAUUCCAUGGCAAACCUCCAUGCAUGUUGCUAACCGUGUGAUCAGCACAGAUGUAGAUGUCAUCCUCCGUAAAAAUAGUGAUCAUCGAAUGAAGGAGAAGGACGACAUCAAACUUCUUGUGUACACCAUUGAUGAUUUAAUUGAUAAGAUUAGCACCUCAAAUUGAAUUUAUGGUGGCACAAAUACAUACUUUAUAGUGUGGUUGAUCAAAAUCCCCCAUAUUGUAAAUACACUGAGACUUUUCUUAAUGCUACAUUUGCACAGAUGGUAGAUAUUGUGAAUAAAGUAUAGGUUGCUUUUGGAAAUCUUUCUCUUUCCUUCCCUUCUAGUUUUUUUUUUUUUUUUUCAUUACAAUGUUUCCUACACUCUUUUAUACCAAGAAAUUGUGUUGACUGUGCCAACUGUUAUAUUUGGUUAGUGCUUCUUGAAUUGUAAAAUAAAGCAUAGUUUUUCAUUUAGUACCAUUAAAUAUGAAGAUUUGUGAAAUAAUUGUAAUAGUUUUGUGUUCAGGUAUAUAAAUUCACAAAAUAUAUCAGAAUUGUUCAGUGAAAUUAAAAUUUGAAAAAGUCUGAUAAUAAUAAAGUUCAAAA